UCUCUUCAGGGAGAGAAAAUGUGUGGCGGUGCAAUAAUUUCCGAUUUUGCCCCUCUCGUCACAAAGGGCCGGAAAUUGACGGUGGAGGAGCUCUGGUCGGAGCUCGACGCCUCCGCCGGCGACUUCUGGAGCUUCGGUUCUUCCUCCAAGCCUGAACCCGUCAACCAUGAAGAAGCGGCGGUGGCGAAUAACACGGCGUCUCCGGCGCCGGAGAAGCCUCCGGAGGCGUCGGAGCGACGGCGGACGAGGAAGAACAUGUACAGAGGAAUAAGGCAGCGGCCAUGGGGGAAAUGGGCGGCGGAGAUAAGAGAUCCCCGGAAAGGCGUCAGAGUAUGGCUCGGGACAUUCAACACGGCGGAGGAAGCCGCCAUGGCCUACGACUCCGCCGCGAAACGCAUCCGCGGCGACAAGGCCAAGCUCAACUUCGCCGCCGAGCCUCCGGCGAAGAGACACUGCGGUUCCGAGUUGAACCGGCCGAGUUUCCCGACCGAGUUUCUCGAUCCGGGUUUCCGGGUCGACCCGGAUUACGACCUGAGGCAGCAGAUAUCGAGCCUGGAGUCUUUCCUAGAGCUCGACGGCGCGACGGCGGGCCAGCCGAGUCAGCUCGGGGGAGGUGGAGCCGACCAGUGGAUGCUCGAUGACGUCAUGGGCCAUGGCAGGUACUUGUGUUAAAUAAUUAUAAUAAUUAAAAUAAAAAAGAGUGAAAUUAAAUAAAAGCGAUGGUAAUAUUUAUUAUAACUGUUCCGUUAUGGUUUAGUAGAAGUGUGUUUCGUCGCUGUUGUAAUUGAACGCUGUGUUGUGGUUUGCGCUUUUGUGGUUUCAAAUUUAUGUUUAAUGGAAAACCUGGAUAUAUAUAUAUA